CCUAUGACUUCCUCCGAGUCACGAUUAAUCUUAAACGAUUUUCAUUCUCAGUACGUCUAACUACACUUUCGUUUAAUUUAUAAAUUGCUCUUAACGAAAACAAUGAAAAGUUUAGUGAAUUCGAUUAACGAUAGUGUCACGGAAACGCUAUAUGGUCUGAAUUAUGCUUAUCCGCAAUUAGAGUAUCAAGUGUCACAUAAAGUGGUUUUAAUGCCAAGGCUCCAGGAUCGGAAAGGCAAAGUAUCUAUCAUAUGUGGAGGCGGAAGUGGACACGAACCUUUUGCCGCAGGUUUCGUUGGAAAUGGCAUGUUGACAGCAUCAGUGGCGGGCUCCAUAUUCGCUGCUCCGCCAUCUCAACAUAUUAGUUACGCUAUCGAACGUGUUUCCGAACACAGUAAUGGUGGAAUUUUAAUGGUAAUCCCAAAUUAUACUGGCGACCGACUAAAUUUUGGAAUAGCAAUCGAGAAAGCGAGGCAAACAGGUGUAGAGGUGGAGGACUUAGUUGUAAACGAUGACUGCAGUAUACCAAGCGAGGAACAAGGUGUAGCUGGUAAACGUGGUUUAACUGGAAUGCUGUUCGUUAUUAAAAUAGCUGGCGCGAUGGCUGAGAAAGGGUCACCACUGAAAGAAGUCUAUAAAACUGCACAAGUUGUUCUCCAAAAUAUGGCCACCUAUGCGGUUGGAUUAACCGCUUGUGCAAUCCCUGGACAACCACUGAUGUUUGACCUACCGGAAGACGAGAUAGAAUGCGGUAUGGGGGUUCACGGCGAAGCAGGAUACGAGAAGCUUAAAUUAAAAUCCUGUAGCGAAGUCGUUGCAUUUAUGUUGAAAUGUAUUUGCACCUCGCUGUCUUUGCAAGGUGGUGAUUCAGUUGCGGUUAUCGUAAAUAAUUUUGGUGCAUUAAGCCAAUUGGAACAGGGAAUCGUUGUCCAUGACGUAGUUAAGCAGCUUCGAAACAUGAACAUAGAACCCCUACGUGUGUAUUCGGGGGUCUUAAUGACGUCAUUGAACAGCGCUGGAGUGCAUAUUACUCUUUUAAAAAUAUCCUCGGACAACAAGGUCUUCCUCGACUACCUGGACGAGCCAACCAAUGCACCAAAAUGGCCCGGUUGCGUUUACAGUGUUCCCUCAAAUUCUCCACCAGUUGUUCAAGACAAAGUAUCAAGAAAAAUAGAGAAGGUUGGAGUUGAGCUCAAUUCAAGACAACAGAUGUUAUUCAAACAAUGUUUACAAAGUAGUUGCAAAAGUUUGAUCGAGAAAGAGACUCAUAUUAAUGAUUUGGACAGAGGUUGUGGAGAUGGGGAUUGCGGUUCUACCCUUAAAAGACUCGCUGCUGAUAUAUUGCAAAAUUUGGACCACUUCCAUAUGUCACAUCCGUCGUCAGUUUUUAUCGAAUUGGCUUAUAUAGCCGAACAACAAAUGGGUGGCACUUCUGGAGCAUUAUAUUGCCUGCUGUUUACUAGAAUAGCUAGGGAAUUAACAUCGAAUCAACAGCAUGACGAUUGGAUAGGUUUCUGGGCUCAGGCAUUGCGCGUUGGUUUAAGUUGCUUAAGAAUGUAUGGAAAAGCGGAGCCAGGCGAUAGGUCUAUGGUAUGUACUUUAUCAUUAUUUUUAAUUAUAAUUUUCUUGAAUGAUGAUUUGCAUUUAUAUGGGAGCAAAUUCUGGAGAAAGCUUUGUGAAGGGAAGAGUGAGAAAGCAUGUUGUGAAGGGAAGUCUGUAAGAUUUCAUGGCGUCACCAAUAUCCUUCGCUCAGGUCAAGUAGGACCCAAAAUGCCUAAGGUUCAGUUACAUGGAGCGGCAUACACGCAUAGCGCUAUCAAUUCCAAGUAUUAUGAUUCACCAGUGUCAGCGAUGGGCAUCGGGGCAGUAACGUAAUCUGGAUCAGACUGGAACGUGUGUAGUCGACUUAAGGCGCUAUCUCUGGUCUUGAACUGGUUUAUUUGGAUCGAAACGUAUCGCGUUACUGCCCCGAUGCCCAUCACUGCAUCACUGGAACUUGCAACAUAUUAUCUGACCCGUUACUCGUUUCAAUGCUACAGUUCUGUUUAUCUUAUCAGCAUCUCCAAACUCUUAUCUUAUGGAACCCUAAAUAAUACUCUUAAUAUGCUUAUACCUUUGAAGGAAAUUUUCACUCAAAUUUCCCGCCAAAUUAGGGCACAGGAAUAUUCCCAUUUUGAUGCAAAAAUUUUAAUUUCAGUUCAUUUUCAUUCCAGCGUUGAAAUUAUAUCGAUUUUGUAUUCUAUUAAAAGCAUCAGAUGCUGUAGAGCAAGCUCAAAAGAGUUGCUCUUCGAUCGGCAGUCCUACCUUGCCCGCGGGCAGAGCUUGGUGACGUCAGAAACUAAAAUGGAAAAGUAGCUCUGGCUUUGUAUCAUUGCUUUCUUUCACCAUGAAUUUUAUUUAAAAAACAAUUGAUAAAUUUUUACGUUAAAUACCUUUGGUAUUGAUCGUUUAGGUCGGAGAUACGAGGGCAAUCUCCUCGAGUAACAUGAUACAUUGAAACCCAAACAAACCUAAGUAACGAAACGUGUUGCUUUAAGCAGUAGUCACAACGUCUUGUUCGAUCACUGAUUCCUUUCAAAUAAAUUACAAUAUAGUAAACACAAUUCUAUCAUAGUUACAUAUAUAAGAUUGGAGGAAAAUAUUAUUUAAUAUAAUUUAAUUGUUUAAGUCAUAUAGUAAUUAUAAAAUUAAAGAAAGUAAUCGAACAGUUGUGUAGCCAGCUUAAUACGGCGGCAUGUCGUGUCACUGUCUUGGUUCAAGUUACAGUGGGUCAUAUUACUCAGAGAUUAUCCUGAUGGUCAUCCCCAGUUUAUGUCUAAAAUUAUAUACAGAGAGAUUCAUAAUAUUAAGAAAGUAAGUUCAGUUUUUUGGGAUGAUAAGGUUUCUGAUAAACAACUGAACAGAAUUGUUUUUAUAUUUUUUAAUUUUAAACUGAAAUUAGAAGAAUUGAAAUGAAGUAAACAGCAAUAUUAAGAUGAAUAAUUUGUAUCAUUAUUUAUUCUAGUAGGAUGAAAAUUAUACAAAUUUUACGUAAUAUUAGCGCUUACUUAUUAAUAAUAUAAUAUACAGGACAAGUACGCUUUUAUAACUGAUAAAUGCUUACGUACAGUACAAUAUUUACAGUUUCUUGAUAUGUUGCAUUUUGUACAUUUUGUAUACUUAUUACGUUUGGAAUGCGACGAUAUUUACAUGAGUUUUAUAUGAUUAGGAACUAAUGAGCAUAAUUAAAAAUAAUAUGUAUCUUUACAUAUAAAAAGUAAAUGCAAAACAGAUAUGAAAAAUAAGCACUCAAAUAUAAAUACUAUAUACAACCUUAAUAAUAAUAGAUACUACAAAAGAUACAAAGGUAUGUCUUAAAAUAUAAGUACUAUAUAUGUAUAUUUAUAUAUAUAUAUAGUUUGAAAGUAAAAGGAAUUUUGCCUUUGCUUUUACUUACAAACUUUUAAAUAUGAUACUGUUUGAGCAAAAACACUUGCUUCUGAACAAUUAUUGUAUCUUUUGUAGUAUCCCUAAUAAGAGUACACUGCAAAUAAUAAUUUUUAUUUGUGAUGUAAACAAUAAUCGAAUGUGAUAAAUGAAUUAUUAAAUGUAGUACCAACUAGAAGGAUGCAAUAAAAAAUAU